AUGCCAGCUUCAUCAGCAAAAGCGAUCAAGGAGAAAACCGAUAGGUGCCGAGAUCGUAAAAGGACGGCCUCAUUGAUGAAGUGGGUGGCCAAACGUUUGGUUAAGCAAUACCUCAAGGACGCUGCACAGAGGCACCUCCGCAAGUUCCACAACACAUGUGCAACGCUUAGGCGUGAUAAGGCCGAGCUUGCCAAAACAGUCAAGAGCCAGAAGAAGGACUUGUUCCUUCUACGUCGCGACAAGUUCGUGGCCGAGGCCUACGACAGGGCCAAGAAGAAAAACGACAAGCUGGACAACGUGGUGGAGGAAGCGGCGCGCCUAAGGCGUCAGCUGCGCAAGGCCAAGGCCGAGGGCAAGGCGGAGGGCUUGGCCGCGGCCCAGGACACCACGGACGCGGCGUCAGUAUGCGAUGAACUCGGCUUGAACGCAGACGACACUAAAGACGCGCGCGUGUCCGUCUUCUGCGGCGGCAAUCUGCCCGACGAUCUCGCCGAGAAUGGCUUCCUCGUGGCCGACUCGGAGAGGGCGAUUCUGCAGGCCACCGAGUAUUCCGUAGAGGUUGCGUUGAAGACCGAUGCGCGUUUUUUGGACGUGCACGUCGGCGACGCGGAGACCGUGGGGCAGGGCGAUGCCGCUAUUCGCCCGGUGCCAUUGAAAGCUGGCAAUUGCAUCAUCCUCAUGAUGGCCAGGCUGACAGACGACGUCGGCGCAGCGGCGACGAUCGCGAGCAGGCGCAACAAGGUGAACAAGGACGCUGCAGAGAGCCAGGUUCGGACGUACGACAGCUGCCGCAAACUGAUGAAGCAGUUCCUGGCGCCUUCGCUGGAUUUUCCGACUGGAGAGGGCAAGUAUCUGACCCACGUCGAAAAUGGCGACCACCCGCAGUGCGCGGCCGCGACCCUGCUCGAGCACGACGUCUGCCAUCUCUUCGUGGGAGAGAAGACUUACGCGACCAAGAUUUCGACCGUGCGUCGGUGCUGGUCGGCAUGUGCAGAUUCAAAAUAUCUGGCUCAGUUCAAGAUUUCGGCCGUGGAAUUGCCUUCAGACUCGCCGGAACGAAUGCUUCUUGACCUGGCAGCGGGCGGCCAGGCGCCAGGGCCCAUGGCGAAGUCGGCGAUGAAAUCCGCCAUGAAGACCGUCGUGAAGCCCGCCCCGAAAGCCGCGCCGAUGAGGAAGCCGGCGGCCGCUGCCAGGGGGCGAAGCGGCGCGCGAGGGCAGCGCUUCCCCCAGAAACGUCGCAACAAGCGCUCGGUGCAGGCCGCCUCGCGCCGCCGCGACAUCCUGGCCAAGGCGCGGAAGGCGCGCAAGGCGGCCCAGGCCAAGCGCAAGCGCCUGGAAGCCGCGGGCGUGUUCUACACGCCCAAGCGCCAGCGGGUGGCCCGCGCGCGGCGCGGCCGGUCUUCCUUGGCCAAGAUCUACACGUACGAGGACCUCAGGGCUCUGAAUACCAAGGAUGCUUACAACUUGAUGGUCCAGGCGGGGUACCUCGGCGACCCCGCCGAAAACGUUUGCCCCAAGUGCGGAUGGCCAUUGGGGUCUGUGAUCCACAGGGGCGAGAAGCGGCACCCAGUCCAGAGGUGCCAGCGCAAGGCUUGCUCGCCGUCCUCGGUGCAAGUGAAGGUCACGAGCGGCACGUGGGCGGACGUGGAGGUGCCGCCGCCGAAACUGGCAGGCGUCGCUUUACUGUGGCGCGGCGCCCUGACGUCCCGCAUGAGCACAGCCGACAUGGCGCUCAUCGCCAAGUUGGGCCACAAGCAGCGCGAGUCGAUCAGGCAGAGUUUGCUAGAGAUCAUAUCGGCUGCUUCGAGGGAAGAACAGAAGUCGAUCGCGCUGAGCGGCCAGUGCGAGACCGACGCCACGACCCUGCGCGUGGUCCAGCUCAAGAACGGGCGCAACAUGCACGUCCGCGUGUUCGGCAUGUGCAAGCGCGGGAACCACGAACAAGCCGUCGUGCACAUGCUGCCGGCGCACUACGCGGCCCGGGGCGGCCCGACGCGCCCCGAGAGCACGGAUGAGACCGAGCCGCUGAUCUCAGCUCACACGGGGGCCGACGUGCUGAUCUGGCACACUGACGGAGCGCGUUGCUACCGGCGUCUCAUGAACCACACGAAGGUCAAACACGCCAAGCGCAUUUGGGCGACCGUCAAGACGCUGACCCUCAGUGGGGGCGACGUCUUGUGCUGCUACGGCGGGGCGCAGCUCCAGGGCGGGCUUUGGUCGCACGUGAAGAACGUCGCCCCUGCCACCAUGAACACGCGCAGCAGUGAGUCGAAGGAUCAGCUCGAGAAUUGGGUGCACUUCUGGGCGUGGCGCUACGGGCGCGCCAGCUGCCCAGAUAUGUUUCUCGAGCUCGGCUCGGCCGUCGCCUUGGCCAGGUCGCAGG